CAAGAACAUCGUCGACGAUUCUUAUUUAUUUACUUUCUCUUUAUAACUCAAACUUUCACGAAUUAUCCCCAACAUUCUUAUCUUCACUUCCUUUAUAUAAACCCCCCAACGCAAAUUCCCCCACAGACCAAUUUCUGCACACAAUAACCUGAUACACGCCUCAAUUUCUCUGUUUUUUUUUGCUCCUCGUAAUUUCCUCUGAUCAAUCAACUGAUCAAUGGCGGCUAAAACCUUAGUCUGCAAUACCUUCACGCCCAAAAAUGUUGUUGGAGCUAAAAAUCGGGCUCCCGUCGGGCCUUGCGCCGUUUUUUCCCCUUCCGCCGGUAACUUGGGAUCGAGUCGGAGGCCAUUUCCUGUAGUCAGAGCUCAGGCCGCCGGUGAAAACAAGGAUUCGGCGGUGGACAUCCACCACGUCAGCGGAGGUCAGAGCGGUGAAAAUCAGGGCCCCGCUGCCGGUCGGCGGCUUCGGAGGUUGGCGCUCGAUGACUCUCCUUUUGACUUGCUGGACACACUAUCUCCCAUAUUGUCCGUGCGCCAAAUGCUCGACACUGUGGACCAAAUGCUCGACGACUUAACCAUAUUUCCCGGGACAUCGCCAGCUAGGACAAACAAAAAACGAGCCCCUUGGGACAUAACAGAAGAUGAUAACGAAAUCAAGAUUCGUAUCGACAUGCCGGGACUUUCCAAGGAGGAUGUUCGGGUCUCGGUUGAAGAUGAUGAUGUUCUCGUCAUAAAGGGCGAAUGCAAAAGCCAUAAAGGCGGAGGUCAAGAAGAGGAAGAGUCGUACAGCUCAUAUGGGACGAGGCUGAGUCUCCCGGACGAGUGCUUGAAGGAUAAGGUGAGGGCUGAGAUGAAUAAUGGGGUGCUUUAUGUGUAUGUACCUAAGGGAAAGGUUGAGAAGAAGGUGAUUGAUGUGGAGAUUAAGUAGAGUUCUGUUCGUGAAUGGUGUUGAUAUUUGUAGUGUGUGUGUGUUUGUGAAUGGUGUUGAUGUUUGUAGUGUGUGUGUGAUGUGUGUGUUGGUGGUGGUGUGCUAAUGAUGUAAACAUGUACUGGGUUUUUUUAAGGAUGUGUUUUGUUUAUAAAUAAACUUAGUUGAUACCUAG